AUGUUCUCAUAUAAGACAGCUUUUCUCAUUGCUCAGCAAAAACGUCCUUUUACGGAGGGUGAGGCUAUCAUAAAGCCAACUUUAAGGAACUUUUGCGAAGUAUUUGAGGGUGAACCAUUUGCCAAAAAGAUAACUGAAGCGGUUGAUGAUGCUACUCUGAAUAAUAACACAAUGACAAGACGCUUCCAGUGUCUUGCAGCAGACCUGAAAGAGCAAAUUUUGAAAGACUUCAGAAAUUCCCCAUGGACAGCCCUGGCAGUGGACGAGUCAACUGAUAUUACAUCACAGCCGCAGCUUCUGAUCUUCGGAAGAUUUCUUAAGGAAUCCUCAGUAGCUGAGGAACUGCUUGCUUGUAUUUCACUUGAAACUACAACACGAGGCGAGGAUAUUUUCAGUGCUAUAGAUAAGUUCUUCACUGAAAACAACUUAGAAUGGAGUAAGAGUCUGGCAUCAAAAGACAUGUCUCCGAGCUUCUCUGAUGUGAUGCAGGUAGUCAUUGCAACUGUCAAUUACGUGAAGGCUACGGACCUGAAUUCCCGCAUGUUCAAACAGUUGUGCAUUGCUGAAAAUUUUAAUCACCACACACUGCUGAUACGUACUGCUGUCAGGUGGCUGUCACGGAGAAAAACCUUGGAAAGGGUUUUCCUCCUUCGCAGUGAACUGGCAUCCUUCCUGCAUGAUCGGGGUCAUAAGAAUGCUAAUUGUUUUCGUGAUCCUCACUUUCUUGCUCGCCUUGCACUUCUGACGGAUGUUUUUGAGCACGUUAAUAAGCUCAACACUGAACUUCAAGGGAAAGGUAAAUGGGUGUGUGACCUUCAGUGUGCAGUAAAGGCUUUUGUCAGCAAGCUGACGAUACUACGAGAACAAGCUGAAGCCGACAGUUUCUCUCAUUUUCACCACUACUUGGAAUUUACAGCUACGAUGGAUGUGGAUUUUGACGAAACACUGGAUCUCACGGAAGAGAAACAGGAUCUCCUGGAAUAUUUGCAAAAUCUGACAGUGAAUUUCAGUGACAGAUUCCCAGAGUUACCGAAUGAGUCUUUUGACUUUGUUCAAUGA